AUGCACGCCAUCUCAAGGAUUCAGUUCUUCAGCCACCGCAAACGAGAGUCGGUCAUUGCCUCAGAGGGGCGCCGAGGCAUGCUGCACAUUGUCUCUGGCCGCUCCCUGGCCAGCGUCGCUAACGAUACGGCCGCCGCGAGCGGUCCGUCGUUACGGCACUCUUUUCUACAUCACAGGUCUCCAAAAGAAGUCAAAAUUGCUUCCUUUCUGAGCUUCAAGCAGUCCUUUACUGCUAAUGUCUCCAAUCUCAAAAGGAGAUUCAGUUCCGGCGACUUGGCGUCGGAGUAUGAGGAUGGGGACGAGGUGCGGCAGCGUCAGGCGGACGUUGUAAACCAAACCCCGGCGCCUGCUGCGGUUGGCUCGGCCCCCGCCCAGCCGGCGGCUGGUGGUAGCGCACCGCCGGCCCCCCAGCAGCAGCAGCACCAGCAGCAACACCAACAACAACAACAGCAGCAGCAACAACAACAACAGCAGCAACAGCAGCAGCAGGAGAGCUCCGGGUUCAGCUUUGGCACGUUCCGUCCCGGCGGCCGGACUACCUCUGCACCCAGCAGUCCGAGCAAGACGCGGGAGUCGUUCCUACAGCGGGUGCAGAGCCUCACCUCAGGCGUCACCAGGCCCGAUGGACCUCUGCGGCAAACGUUCAACAAGGACCGGUGCUUUACGCUGUUGGUCAUCGAUGAUCAAAACACCGACUGGUCAAAGUACUUCAAAGGCCGUCAGAUCCACGGCGACUAUGACAUCCGGGUGGAGCAGGCGGAGUUCCGUGAGAUCUCUGUCAGCGGCAGUGCAGAGAGCGGCACCCACGUGACCAUGGUGGUGCACAGGGGCGGCACCAGGGUCGUCAGGUCAUUCAAGCCGCACUUUGUGCUGGUGAGGCAGAAUCUGCGAGACGCCUCCGAGGACCACAAAAACCUGCUGCUCGGGCUGAAAUACGGAGACAUUCCGUCCAUCAACAGUCUGCAGGCCAUCUAUAACUUCCAGGACAAGCCGUGGGUGUUUGCGCACUUGCUACAGCUACAGAAGAGGCUCGGAAAAGACGCCUUCCCUCUGAUCGACCAGUCGUACUUCCCCAACCACAAGGAAAUGAUGUCUAACACCAAGUUCCCAGUGGUGUUCAAAGUGGGGCACGCGCACAACGGUGCUGGCAAGGUGCGCGUAGAGUCCCCCAACUCGUUCCAAGACAUGGCCUCUGUUGUGGGCGUUGCAGGCGCCUAUUGCACCACCGAGCCCUUCAUCGACGCCAAAUACGAUCUGCACAUCCAGAAAAUCGGCACCAACUACAAGGCUUUCAUGCGUAAGUCUAUCAGCGGCAACUGGAAGACCAACGUGGGCUCGGCAAUGCUGGAGCAGCUGCCGCUCACGGAUCGCUACCGCAGCUGGGUGACGGCCGUCUCCCAGCUGUUCGGCGGCCUGGACAUCUGCGCGCUGGAGGCUGUCGUCGGGAAGGACGGCAAGGAGCACAUCAUCGAGGUGAACGACUCGGCGCUGACCCUGAUGGGCGAUAGCCAGGAGGAGGACCGCCGCCAUAUUGCCGAACUCGUCUGCGCCAAAAUGCAGCACUGCUGUAAGCCGGCAGGCAGCUCUGGGGCGGCAGCCGCUGGCACGGCGGGGGCGGGGGCGGCACCCGAGCCGGCGCACCCACCGCCGCCGCCGCCGGUACCUCCGCGGCCUGAGGAGCCGCCAGCGCCUCCCUCGGCGGCGCCCAAUGGCUCCACUGUGGCCAACGAGUCACCGUCGCCGGGACGGCGGCGCGACUCGCAAGCGUCCCAGAGCAGCAGCGUGAGCGGUGUGAGCAGCACCAGCGCGGGCCGCACCAUUCAGACGGCGGCCAGCAUCGAUGCGGCGCGCACCAGCCUGUUCGGACGACAGGGCUCCGUCUCUCAGGGAGACAAGGACGACACCGAGGACACCAUGACCAACCUGAGGAAGACGUUCGCGGGCAUAUUCGGCGACAUGUAAUUGAUGCUGCCGGCGAUCGAGCGCGGACGGACGGACGGGACGCACGGUGGCGGCACCUGGCGAUUUCGGAAGCCUUGGGAUUCAUGCGGAAAGCGUUGUUGGUUUUGUAGAGGUUCGGUUGUGUCAGAGUUACGGGUGAUAGCAGGGAUAUUUAUUGCGGGCGUUGAAUACAUAUACUCAUUUUCCGAUAGGCGAAUUCAUGUAGGCAUGCUGAAUGCUGAUGCCUGGUGCAUAUCUUAUUGUGCUGCUUUGGCGUGAAUUCCAAGGCUUUCGAAAUCUCACGUGUAGUCUGCCACCGAGCUGUGCCCGAAGGCGCCGAUACCUCCCUGGGUUCUGCCUUAUUUUUCUACCGCGGGUUUCCGGCCGAUUCUCUUUGAUUCCGUGGCUGGGCAUGUCAGCGAAAUGGCCCGUAACUGUUCCGGAACUGAGCGCGGCGCUAGCGAACCCGGCAGGUACUCACCGAUCACGAAUCUCAAACGCUGCCCCGACGCUUACACAGAGACACGCGGGAAAUUAAGGCAAAAGCCUUGCAACUCAAGGGAGGCGUCAGGGGACGGUGUUUAUAAUGACCUGAAGCUGUUAAGAACGGACUCAACAGGUAUAAUGCUAACAUUGUAAGAAAAAAAACAUCUACCUUCGCCGUUCUACCGACGUAAGCUCGCAACAAAGUGGUGGUCUAAAAAGCUUAAGAACAUGCUGCGCAUGUGAUUUCUCCCUGCGAUCACCGCAUGUGGUAUUCAGUUAUCUUUUCCUUCGCCAGCCCAAAUCCGUGACCAACAUUUGGAAGUGACGAUUUUGAUGCGGCCCGUCUGUUGAAAAGAAUUCUGUCUUGAGCGACCCAUGAGGUGCGAUCUUCAUAUCCCAACUCCCGCCCGGUUCCACAUAUCGCGGCAGAAGAGGAGGGCUACGGGCAUUGUUAUUCAUUGGGCAAUAAGUCUAGUCAGCUUGUCGUUCCAGGUCAGCCUCGGAACGCAGUGAUCCCAGAUUGAUUACUAGUUAAGUUUGUGCAUAGUCAUUGGGAAGAAACGCUUCUUGAACCGGACGACUCUGAUCGAGAAACAGCCGAGAUAGCUGGAGGAUUACCGAAUAAUUCACGAAACUCGAGUGACGAUACCGCUCAACGCUUCACAAAUGAAUCAAGAUAAAUUAACACCAAAAGUGUGCUCAGUAGCACGGUUUGUAAAACAAAAACCGACGAAUCGGAAGGCGGAGAAAGUGUCGCCGGUGAGUAUUCGGCGGGCCCACCUAGUCGGUAUUCCACCGUGGUUUAGGGGUAGCAUCUCGCCACGAACGUCAGUCUCGUGCUGGUUUCUGCGCGUGCGUUUGAUCUCAGAGUGCCGGCGCGGCGCCGAACCGCCGUCGGCGCGCCGUUCCGUUGACGUGAGAUAGCUUUCCAGUGCCGUGUGCGCGCGCUGCUUUGUACGUGUGUAGCUGCUAGGUCCGGCCGGCCCCGCCGUGGGCUCUGUGUCCGGUUCAAUUACUCGCCCGUUGGUCGUGUUCUGUGUCUUUCCUUGCUGUGGUGCUCCAGCUGGCCUGGCAUCGGUCUGUGUCAUCACCGGUCCGUCGGCGGCGACACGACUGGCCACCGACCGUCUCCCUGUAUGUCGUCUGUCAGCUCCUCUGCCCAUCCCAGGGCCUCUCAGUGUCAGUCGCCCUCUCUCCUUUCUCCACCUUACUCUCCUUCCCUUCUCUCUUUCUCCCUCUUCUCUGUGCGUGUCACACCGGGCGCGGCCUGGAAUAUAGUACAUGUGGUGGA